GAGUUUGCAAGCUAUUCCUUCCGGUUAUCGGAGCGCCUGUUUCAGUCAUUGUUAAGGAAAUUUGACAUGGUUUUCGAUAUUAAAGCUACAUUCAUGUGACUGAAAUCAAAACACUCAAAACUGGGCAUCAUGUACUUCGAUCAAGGAGAGCAGAGGGAACUGAAAGUUUCCGUUAUGUGGAAACGAGCCCAGGGAAAAAAGAAAGUGCUCACUUCAGUGAACUGGAAAGAGCGAGUGUUUGUUCUCACCCCUAAAACUCUCAACUAUUUUGAAGGCUCUGCAGAGGUAAGGAUGUGCAAAUACCUUAAAAAGAUGUAAAUUGUACUUUGAACGCAAUAUUUCAUGACUGUUCAUAGAUCGGUGUCUUAUCUCCGAGUUUACAGUACGUUUUGCACAAAACACUGCAUGAGCUUUAAUCUGCUCUAAUAGCUUGCGGUAGAAUGCUUCUUUAUCGACCUCUGCUGAAAUGUAGGUUGCUCGAAGUUUCUUGAUUUGUAUGUUAAUGAUUAAACCAUCCUUGGUUGCAAAACUCCUUAACUGAUUCUUAACGCUACGUUAGCAACAAUCUGUGGUACGACGAAUAAUAUUAGCGUUUUAAAUUUAAGCUAAUUAUUUAUAUUAUGCCCUCCUUGUUUAAGCACUGAAUUUAACCGUGAGCUUAAGUAUUUAAAUUAAAGUUCGUUUCAUACCAGUUUUAAACUUACACAGAGAGGAAACCUUAAUAGAACAACCCAUUAUGGACUAAAAGGGUUCCAGAAAAUAUCCCUCCCCUACCCCUGUAGCUGCAAUAUUUUAUUCCUCAUGCCUCUGGAGAUAUCCCCACAUUUCAACUGAUGCCAUAAAUGAAUAAUUUCCCCCCCUCCCCUCAUAUUCCUCUUUUUUGGGGGAAUUUUAAUUUCUUUUUAACCCCUUCAAAAUAACUCCUGUCAAAUGUCGCAAAACACAGAGGAAGUGGAACAGUCAGUCUUUUGAGUGACAAUCUUAGUGGUUGCAUUUUCAUGAGGGAUGUUAUGGGUUGCUUAGCGAGUGUUAACUGAGUAGAAAUGGCUAUGAAAACAGUUUUGUUUCUGACUUGCUAAGUUUACUGAGUUGGGGAAUUUGACCCCAAAAACAAUGAAACAAAGAACUCCUUAAAUUGAAGCCAGGAAAAAAGUCUGCUUAAGCUAGUCAGUAUUUAACAUCAAGUCAUUUUCAUCUGCUUCUAAGAGCUAUGAACCUGAACCUCCUUUGAAAUCUGUUUCAUACUGCUAAGUCCGUGGAUGGAGUAAGGAAUCGAAUGCGUUACAAAACCCACGCCAACAUGGAGGUCACAAACUUCAUGUUAUACAUGAGUAUGGGUUGCUGAUAUCUGAAAUACUUUGCUCCUGUUAAAAUUAUGUUUAUGAUAUUUUUUUGAGCAGAAACGUGGAAAACGGAAAGGAAGUAUACCUCUAAGCUCAGUGAAAGCAGUAGAGUUUGUUGAAGACACUGCAUUUGACCAAGUCAAGAAAUACUGCUUUCAGGUGAGUUCAGUAUAGUCUGACUGAUGAACCUCUCAUGGAGUUGUGCAUGGGGUGCUUGGAAUAAGGUUUCUAUUGACUCCUGAUCAAAUAUAAAAUUCUCCUUUGAUUCACAAUCAUAAACAAGACAGGUGGAGGAGAAUUUUGCACUUAAUCAAAAGUUACUAGGGCUUAAAUUAUUUAUUCUAGGAAAUUGUUCUUGUCUGUCUUUUCCUGAAUACAAACUGUGCUUAGGCUGCUAAUCAAAAUAAUUAUUACAUGUUCAGCAUAUUUGCACACCACAAAACAGUGCUAACAUUAUUUCAAAUAGUUUAGCUUGGGUGUUCAUUGCAUGCAGAAGUCUACAGUCUUUCUGUUUAUUGGUGAAUUUAGCUUUUUUAUGCUGUCAACUCUGAACUUCAUCAUACUCCAGUUCUAAAAGAAGGUUACUGGAAUAGGAUCUUUCAGUGUGACUGAUUGUGUGUUCUUGCAGACCUUACCGUUGAGAAUAACUGUUUUUGUUACUUUUAACCCAGAUGAUAUUGUAGCCCUUGACAUCUAGCAUUGUUGUAUGUAAGCACCAAAUCUGGUGCAUGUGAUAGGUCAGUUAACAGAGUAACUGCUGUGAGACAGUCAUUGUAGACUGCUAUAUUUCUUGCUCAUAAUGUAUUUAUUAUAGAUUUAUUCAUAUUACAGGUACAUGUGUGAAUUCCAAAUCUUGGAAAUAUGUUUACAUGUAUUUCAUAUGUCCAUUUGUGAAUGUUCUGACAAAGAGUGAAACACAUGUUCAGACCAUGGGCCACUUGAUAUGCAGUCAUUAGUAAUUGCUUGGGUGAUGUCUACUAAAAUCUGUUUCACAAAUUAAUAAUAUAAUAUUAUUUAUUAUAUUGAUCAUAUCCACAGGUUAAGUACACUAGGUAAGGACUAAUGAAGGCACUACCAUAUUUUUCUACUGAUCAACAGGUUGUCUAUGAUGAUCUGGUUUUGUACAUCAGUGCAAAAACCGAAGAUGAAAGAAAAGACUGGGUGGAUUCCAUUCAAGAUGGUACUUAAAUAGAUUUCAUUUUUUGUUGAUAAAGUACAAAGAUGAUUGAUGAGGAGCCUUGAUGCUCUCACUCCUAGACCAUUGCAUAACAGGAUUAUUUGUCAUUCUUACCAUUAAAUCUGUGGAUGAAACCCUGUGGGGUUACCAUUCAAGUAAAACCUCUUUGCCAGACCUUUUGGUUAUCACUAGAGGUCUUUGAUGUGUUUAAGGUAAAAUUAAUGGAAGUGUAUAAAGUCAUAAUAGUACUUAAAUUUAAAGGUAAGGGUUAUAUACUUUAUACAUCUGAUAAUAACACUUUGUUUCUAGAAUGUAGUGGUAACAAGUUUCUCCUUAUGGAAUAUCAUCCUGGAAUUUUUAUAAACAAGUGGACAUGCUGUGAUGGGAGGGAGAAGACAGCUCAAGGUUGUAAGAAAUCGUUUGCUGCAAGUGAGAAAGAUGGUUAUCAAGGUAAGAGCAAACAUUUUAUAGACUACCAUGAAUUACUAUGAAUUUACCAAAAAUGUUUCUAAAAUUGCAAGUAUAAGUAUGAUUAAUGGAAUCUGAAGCUAGUUUUGAUGUCCCAGACAUUAAGGUUCAAGAGUUUUGGGAUAAAAAUAUUAUUUCAAGUGACUGAGUUUGAAAUCUUCUACUUGUACUCAAACUCACAUUCAUAGUCAAAUCUUAGCAUCCCUACCUUCUAAAGGAGGUGCCACAUAUUGCCUUGGUAGAGACACUUAAUGGUGAAUUCUCUCUAAGACAGGGACCAAUGGGAAUGGAAUAAAGUAUCUGUCUUUAUUAGAAAGGAGGUGUGUGUAGCCGAGCGGUUAAAACCUUGAACUCUGGAUCUGGAGGUCUGGGGUUCAAGCUUUGCCCAUCGCAUUGUUUCCUUAGACAAGGAACUUAACCCAACUUUGUCUCUCUUCACCCAGGUGUAUAAAUGGGUACCGGCAACAUACUGCUUGGGGGAGGGGGGGGGGUAACCCUGCAAUGGACUAGUAUCCCUUCCAGGGGGGAGAAGCAAUACUCCUGGGUAUGCUUCAUGCUACAGAAACCGGUAUAAGCUCUGGCCAUUUGGGCCUUUGGCUCAUCUGUGUCUUUACCGUACCUUUAUUAGAAAGGGUGUCAUUUUUGUUAAAGGCAGGACUUAUCAUGGGCAGCAGGUGCGGAUCCACACCGGUUUCCACCGUUUUACGGAAAUCGGUCACAUUUUUCAUAUUAAAUAUAUUUUAAAAAGAAAAACACUUUCCAAGUUGAAAUCUGGCCGAUAUCCCAUCUGAAUGACUCGGAAACCCAGGAAAGGGGACUUUAAGGAGUAAAAAUCCAAAUAAUUUCUUGGGGGAGCCAGCCCCCGGACCCCACUUGAAGCUUGCGCCUUUGGCGCUUGUUUAGGAAAUCGGUCAGUAUUUAUCCUAGAUUCGCGCCUGGGCAGCGACCAGCUCUGGGUGUGUCCAUUGGGUUAAACAGGCAGACCCCUAUGUUUAGCGAGGGGUCUGUCUGUUCAACCCAGUAUGGUUGUCAGAUGAAACAAAUUUUAGUGCGAGGAGCCAGUAAAAUGUUAUAGUACUUACAGGGUGUUAACAUGUAAAUAUGAUACAUGGGCCUCUGAUUAUCUACAAUUUUGGUACUAUUUCCUGUUUGCAGGUGACAGUUACACUCGUUCAUCAUUUAUAGCAACUCAGCCCUUGCCUCCCAUCCCCUCUGAAGUAAGUACCUUUUAGAAGCUAGUUAAUAAUACUGUGUUCAGUAGGGUCAAGGUUUGAGGGCCUCAGUGCCCCCCCCCAACCAUCCCAAGUCCUCCCCCCACCCCAAUAAUUAUCUGCCUGUAGAUUAUUUUCCGCCCUACACAUGUUGUUAUGGUUUGUUAUGAAAAUGUGGCUCAAUUUUGUCUUCAUUUGAUUAUUGAUUCCUUUUGUUCUGUGUUGUGAUUAAACUUAAGAAUAAAAGUGAACCACCAGCGGUGCCUGCACCAGUUCCCAGAGAAAGAAAAGAGCCUGAAAAAAAAACUGAAGUUGUAGUGGCUAUUUAUGACUUCAGUGGAGCUGAACAAGGCGACUUGUCUCUCAUCAAGGUUUGUUUAUGUAAAUAUGAGUAUUUUAGUGUGUAUAUUAUUUAAAAGCAGAAAGAAGUUUUAGGUCUGUAAGUGGACCUUGAUAUCUUGGUUUCAAUGCAUCAUAUGCCAAUACAUGGUUUGACAGAUAACACAUUGUGCCAGAAGAUCAUGGUAAGUCAGAAACCUUGACAGAAUGGACAUCGCACGUUCCAGCCUUGAGCAGCAUAUCAGCAGAAGUAAUUUUGCAGUUGUUUGUUUUUUGACUACACUUUGUUAUUAACACUGCUCAUAUGGUGAAGUUGCGUAGUUACAAUAAACAUUGUUGUCUUAUUUUUAUCAAACUCUAAAGUCAAUGUUUUAGAUGUUGCUUGGUGUAUUUCUUUUCAAGCCAGUUACAGCCGUAAGGGUAAAAAAUAUAAAUUUGUCUAGUCAGUGUUCCAUCAUUUUAUGAAUCUCCUUUGUUCUCUUUUAUUAGGGAGAACAGUUAACAGUCCUUGAUAAACAAUCAGAUCAUUGGUGGAUAGCCAAAAAUUCAAGAGGGUUUGUAAUGUUUGUAAAAAAUAAUGCAUUAGAAAACAACAGCAUUGUUUGGGCAUCUCAUUAAGUGUUCUUUAAUAUUUUUCAGAGAAAGUGGUUUCAUUCCAAGUAAUUAUGUAAGAAGGCAAGGAUUGGAAAGUGAAAGGUGUGUUUAAGUUCCUUCUGUUUUCACCAGAGAGAUUUUACAUAUGUAUUUGGUUGAUGUAGGGCUGAUGGACUUUAACCAUAAUGUGAAGGGUCUGUCUGCUUAACUUUGACCAAUCCAACAUAGUUGAACUUACGAAUGAAGCUCCUCAGUUCUAGGACUCUUUAAACCUGUAGCGAUCCAAUGUUCAACUGAUCUCCUUAGGGCUCAAAAUAAUUUUUGGACACUGGACGGACACAAUCACCAGCCAAAGAAAAUUUUGUUUGGUCAAGUCUCAUUUCUGACCAGUCAAAAUAUUGGGAAAAUAGUUAACUGAUCUUUGUGUAAUUCUCUAUUUGUAUUUUUACAAAGAGGGAAAAAUCUAAGAUUUGCUGGUGAGGAUUUUGCUGUUUGUUCAAGAACGAGAGUACAGUGUGCAUAACCAGUCAACAUGUCCAACGAGUAAAGUUUUUGGCUUGACUUCUGGGGGAACAUUGUCCGUUGACUGACUGUUAUUUUGUGUCCUACUCAAAUUUUGUCUGUAGCUAUUGAUAUUUUUGAACUACAUCUUCAUAUGACAAAGUUAUUAACACAGAUUUUGAAUCUAACAAUAAGUGCAAUUUUAUUUUUAGCUGGUUCCAACCUGAAAUGUCACGACAGCUGUGCGAGGAUGUUUUGAAAAAGGAGGUGGGUAAAAAUCACUGUUGUGGGAAGUACGUGCAAAUGUUUAAGUAUUUAUCUGAAGAAAGAUACCUUUACCAAUUUAGUCAGGCAGUUCAUAAGAGAAAUGCUUCCUAAACAUAUUUUUCAGGGUAAAGAGGGCUGUUUUGUAGUCCGAAACUCAAGUAGAGAGGGAAUGUACACCUUGUCUGUUUUGUAAGUGUUUUGCCCUUUUUUUUGUUUCUUUAUUUUAUAGAUUUUAUUAACCAUGCUAUUCUUUUGAAGUUAUGCCAUCAUUAAGCUCUAUCGUCUAUCUACAUAAGUGUUUAGUGCAAUAUAGAGCAUUGCUAUAUUUGUUGUGAACUGUUUAUGAGCCUCUUUCCAUUCAAUUAACAGACAUUAAUAUUCCUUCUUUUCUGCAUUUGUACGUAAGUGAAACAUAACAUAAAACUCUUAGCUAGGAAACCCAGCCAAGAAUAUCUGCUUUAGAAAGGAUGUGACUCCAACAGUUAAUCUCCUCUUAGAGAGAUGUGGUGCUGCCCUUAACUCCAUAUAGUGGUCAAUGUGAAAAUUUCAGAACAUUUUGUUGUAACUUCUUGGGAAAUGAAUAGUUCUGUGCAAAAGGUCUUCUAAAGAGGUUUCAUUUAAAUGGUACAAACCAAGGAUUUCAUUUUACAGUUUUUAGUUAGAGUGAAAAAUGAUCACACCAUCAUUGUCUUGAUCUAGGAGUGAAAGGGCUCAUAACCUUUUGAUCUGUUACUCUAGGCACGGAGACCAUGUUCGUCAUUAUCACAUCAAGGAAGAUUGUGGGCAGUUGUAUAUAUCAGACAGACAUAGAUAUCCAACAGUGUCUGAACUCAUCAAUUAUCAUCAGCAUAACAGUGGAGGUAACUUUAUGUUAUUGAUGUGUUUCUGUUGACUGACUGUAUUAACCCUUCAAACCCCAGUAUCCACAUACAAUAUAUUAAAGUCUCCGCAUGACUGAUCUGACCAAAAAUGCCUCGUUGCCAUCAAUAAUGUGAUACAACUUACUUGGACUCUUGGACUUGAAUAUUACUACCGCACAGGUUGUUGAAAUGUCAGUCAUUGUCAACAACAGUCCUAUUCUGAACAAUGCUCACCCGGACAAUCAUGCUACACCUAUUUACAGAUGUAUUAUCAACCAUAUCCAUCCUCGGAGACCCAGGAGAUGCUGUUUGCUGAUUGGCCACAACGAUACAAAGCAUUUUUGUGCCCAAUCAGGAGCCAACAUUCGCUUGACCAUUUGGAAAUGGUCCAGUGAGAGUGGGUACCCAGGGGCUUUUUAUUAAAAACUUUCAUUGCACCAUUUCUCCCAGCCCUACUGACCACCCCUGGGUCUCCAAGGAUGAACCAUAUAAAGACAGGCUGUUAAUUUUUAACCCCUUGCCUACUAGAGCCAAAUACACCCAGCAACCAGCAACCUUUCUCAACGACCAGAGUUCCUUUCUUAAUGACCAGACUUUUGGUGAUUUCAUUAAUUGUUUGAGGACAUAUAUAUAUGUCCUGGGUUGCUGAAGGACCCCACACAGGAUGUAUAUAUACGUCCUUGGUAGAGAAGGGGUUAAUUAAACUGAAUAAUUUUACAUCAAACAUUAAGAUUUAAUGUUGUAUUCCAGGCUUAGUUACUAGACUAAGGCAACCUCCUUCAUUUGGUCAGGCACCAGUAGCGGCAUUUGGUCAUGGUAUGUAGUUGCCUAAAAAUAUGAUGUAUCUUUUAUAUAUUUGAAUAUCCACCCCCAUGACUGACACUUCUAAAAUAUUCACUUGUAAAUGUUAAUGGUUUGAUAAUGCUAAAAAGAGACAGUAUAGCUGGUAGCAAAAUUGAGAUCAUAUUCAGAGCUGUCCCUUCUUUCCUUGUAGAUGUAUGGGAAAUGCCCAGAUCAGAAAUAGUGCUUGGAAAGGAGUUAGGUUCAGGCCAGUUUGGGGUGAGUGUGAAUCAUCUUUUUUAACUACUGUAUUGCAAAAUGGAUGAUGGACAGGUAAGUCAGCCAGCUCCCAGCUGGAGACCCCUGAUCCCUUCCUUGACUGGCAAAUACUGCAAACCUAAUAUUAUUAUAAGCCACCUGUCAUACUGAUAAAACAGCAGUAAAUUAGCUACUGGUGAUCUGCAAUUUCUGGAUAUUUCCUUACAAUAAUAAUUUCCUAGUAGGGUAACUUUGUAAGGGCAGUGAAUAUCGAGUAGCUGAUGAUGCUGAGACAUUCUUUUUUCAUACAACAGACUGUGAGACAAGGCUGGUGGCAAGAGACUCCUGUGGCUGUUAAAAUGAUGAAGGAAGGCGCCAUGUCUGAAGAUGACUUCAUAGAUGAAGCAAAAGUCAUGACGUAAGUGCAGUUAUUUACCUUCUUAAUACAGACACUUUUGUGAAAAAACCUAGUGGCUGCUUUACAGAGGUGUAACAGUUCAUUUAAUGCAAGGCACAUGGGAAGCCUGUGUAGAACUUUUCCACACCCCAAACCCCCUCCUAGAUUUCUGAAAAACUGAAACCUGCAAAGACGCGACCUAAGGGUUAAAAGUAAAACAUAAAUUUAAAUAUUGCGUCGUUUGUUUUGUUUUUUGAGGCAGUGGCGCAAAAGUUUUUUGAAUUGAUCACAAAUUACUGAAAUUUAAAAGCAAACUAGACGCUUAACAAACAAAAACGUAUUUGGUUGCCUCUUGCUUUUCUAACAAGUCAAUGAAUGUUUUGCAUUGCAGAAAAUUCCACCACCCUCAUCUGGUUCAGCUGUUUGGUGUUUGCAGCGAGAAACCCAUUUAUAUCAUCACAGAAUUUAUGACACAAGGUGGGAUAUUAUUUUUAUUAACGCUGUUUGAAUUAACCACAAUCAGUGUUUUUCUGUCGUCUUAUAACCUCUCUCCUUCUUAUAAUUUCACUUUUCCUGAUCAGGAAUGACCCUAUAAGAUAUUAUGUUAAAAGAAGCAUUCAAACUUGACAGAAAAACGCUUUACACUUAUUCUCUUUAGUAUAUUGCUAGCCAACCUGCUUUCAGAGAUUUUGUUUUAGGAGAAAAAGAAAGAAAACUUCUUUGAAUUUAGCAGUUAGCUCGCGCUAGAGAUCAACUCAUGAUUUAUUUUGUUGACAAUUUAGGAUGCCUUUUAAACUAUUUACGGAAGCAUCAAACACGCCUGCAUCCUCCACAAAUGACAGAAAUGGUUCGACAGGUAGCCUAUGCUAUGACUUAUCUGGAAAGUAGGAACUUUAUCCACAGAGAUCUGGUAAGUUAAAAUGAAAGCAUUUUGGAAUUGGUGUUAUACAACUGUUGUUAGGGAGCUUAGGAAAGUACGCCACCACAACUCAACGGGACGGAAGAAACACAAAAAACAAAACAAAAAAACCAUGAUAGGGUUCAGUGAGUAAAACAAAACUUCCAUACGUGCGUCACUAUUGCAACCAACUUCGACCUUCUUAAAUUUCAAACUGAGUGCCCUUACUUAGUAAUGCUGCUAACUGAUGUCAUCAUUUUUGUCAUCUUUAAUCAGGCAGCAAGAAACUGUCUCAUAGGAGAUAAUAAUAUUGUAAAAGUAGCGGAUUUUGGUUUAGCGAGGUGGGUUAUUUUUUCUUACUAGAAAUAGUGAACUACUUGAUGGUUUUAGUUGUGUUCACACGUGUAUCAUAAAACUAAGUGAAUGUUUUAUUUGGACCCGUCAGAGGAACACCAGGGGCAACUGAACAAUCCAAGGAGUCAAGCGCGAGAAACCGCUUCUGUUCUACUCAAGUCGUGAAUCUUAAAUCGGUUGAUUUUUUUUCUGAUUGGUUGAUGGAGUGUGGCGUUAGAUUUUAUUCACAAAUUUCAAAGCUUGGCGAUGCAGAUAAAUCAAAGCGAUCGUGAAAUUACUUUCGACUCUCCACUGUUUUCUUAGACUGCAAAACAGUCGGUUUUUUCCUCAAAAUCAGUAAAGAAAUCGGUAAAGCGUGGCGUAAGAGUCUUACGCGCGCGAAGCGCGCGAGCCUGACACGCCAGUAGGGCGUGUGAGGCGAGAGAAAAAAACCCGUAUUUUUAGCGUCUCUCCCCAGUUUCGCUCUCUAUUUUCAGCCUCAUUCCAGAACUUUUGUUUGACUGCUCGCGCGUACUUGAAUACGCAAAAAUACGGACUGUUUUGCAGUCUACUGUUUUCUCCGCUAAAAAAAAAAAAGCUUUAUGUUAAGUCUCUAGAGUGGUUAAUACUACGACUAAUAUUAUUAUUCUCUUUUAAUAUGUUAUUGUUGAUUCCCGACAGAUAUGUCAUUGACGAUGAAUACACGGCAUCAGAGGGCACAAAAUUCCCUAUAAAAUGGGCAGCCCCUGAGGUCAUUCUCUAUACUAAGUUCAGUAGUAAAUCGGACAUCUGGGCUUUUGGUAAGCCGCCAUUCAAGUUACUGUUUAAUACAUCUCGCUGUAUUUAUGUUGCUUUUCUGUUUGUCCUCGUCGUUUUUUCUGCCUGGUUUCCUUUUACAUUGCUGCCUUUAGUUUUGACGAAUUGAACAGUCAUAACUCAGUGAUAUGUAUUUGUAUUGAUAGGUAUUUUAACCUGGGAAAUAUACACUGGAGGAAAACAGCCUUAUCCCGCAAUCAACAACACCGAUGUUGUUCAAAAGGUUAGCACUCUCCUCCUCAGCUGACGUAGAUAAUAGUUUACCCCUCCCUUCCCAGUCUUCUCUUAGCGCGGUUUGCACCUCGAAUAUUUUUUCAUUCCUUUUGUUAUAAUUUUUUUUGAUACCGUAGCCAUAUUUUUUAAGGCUGAAUGAACCAUUUGGAGUAUAAAUAUUCUUUUCAGAAGAGUUGUUCGCAUUAAGGCAAUAGGAUAGUUUGCUUGAUCUCAGUAAGGAGACGAGAUUGAAAAAAGAUUUGAAUGCUGGCUAAGAUCAGGUUCAAGGAAAUCCCCUGCUUCAGUUUCCAUCUCCGUAAACGGACCUCCUCGCUCUUUUCGCGCAUAAAAAGGAGAUGUUCAAUUUUCAGUUCAUGUAACGCAUGUCUAACGCAUGUCUAGCAAGGUUUAAAGCAAGGUAAGAUUCUUGCCUAGUCCCUAGGCCUCAUUAUUUCUCGCGGCUAAAGCGUUUUGGGUCACGUGGUCCAAGCGACAGAGAGGGACUGGGAAAACGCCGUAGAGGGACUAGGCAAGUAAGAUUUAAGGUUGCACACAAUAGUCUCAUCUUUUUCAGUUUUACGUACUAUUUGAAGAGCUUUUGGUUUCAGAGAUGCGAUAGUUUUUUUAAUUUCUUUAUUGAUCAAUGAAAAACCAAUGAUAUUUGUUUAACAGAUUCUGAAUGGUUAUCGACUACAAAAACCAACAAGGUGUCCUGAGGAGAUGUAUAGAAUUGUGGAGAGGUGUUGGCAUGCGGUAAGCUGCUUGCAGUGUCACAUCAUUUUUUUUCUCUGCGGUAUCAGGUGGAGUUACUCUUUUUACGAGUGAAGAAUUGCAAUCUAAGUUCACAGACAUCAGAAAAGAAUUAGAGUAUAGAUUAUUUGAACCUCGGAGACAGAACAGAUACCGUGGAAAAAGAGAUUUUUCCCGUUAUGUCUAAGUUUGUCGUGGUUUGCUUUUUUGCGAUGAGAUUUUAUAAACAUGCUGCGUGGGAGAAUCCUGAAAGAAAUUAAUUCGCGUCUACCUUUUAGUUGCGUUGCUGGUGAAAAGUCUUGUGACUAACUUAAACUUUUAGCUAAUUAGAGGUACAACGCAUAGAGAUUUUCAAAAAAUUCAAUCCAAUCAGAACUUUGUAAAUCUCGGCGCUUUUCCUUCGAAAGUGUCUAUAAGAAGGAAAAACUUUCUCUUAACAUAGUUGUUGUUGUUCUUUUCCCCAAGGAACCAGAGUACAGACCGGCUUUCGCGUCAGUCUACAGAAGUAUUGUAGAGUUUACUGGUGAAGAUUACGACGAAACUGUCGAAUAA